AUGCGCGCACGGUGUGCAUCUCCACGACAUUAUUGGGAGCGACUUCCCCGUACACACUUCCGUCUCUACCACUUCGGCCCUGCGGCGCCCAUAGUCAACAUACCCAACUCCUCUAUCUACGCCUUCGAUACCCCAAACCCCGUCCUCCGCGACGUCUCGCUCUCGGUGUACCCACAACAAGCGUGGGCCGUCAUCAGCAAGGAUGCUGCCUCUGGCAAGGCUGCUCUCUUCGGCGCGCUCUUGGGCACCCACCGCAUCUCGCCCCCGUCCCCUCUGACCCACGCGCCCUCGCUCACCCUCGACCCGCACCGGCACAUCCAGCUCGUCAGUUUCUCGCAUCGCGGGCGCGGCUCCGGCGCGGGCUUCUACGACUUCACCGCACGGUACGGCGCGGUGCGCGAAGAAGACAAGGUGACCCUUCGCCAGACGUUCUUCCCCGACACCGCGCCGCCCCUCCACACGCUUGCGAAUGCGUUGUUUGAGUUCCUCACGGAGCAGCUGAGACUCGCGGACUUGCUCGAUGUUCCAAUGAUUGCCCUCAGCAACGGCCAGACACGGCGGGCGCGCAUUGCCAAAGCUUUCCUUGCGGAGCCGGAGCCAGAGCUGUUGCUGCUUGAUGAGCCGUUAACUGGACUGGAUGCCAAAUCCCGCGAAAUCCUUCUCACGUUGCUGCAGGAGCUCAACACAAGACCAGAUACGCCGCAGGUCAUCCUUGGUCUUCGCGAGAAAGACCCUCUUCCGGAAUGGACGACGCACGUCGCUCUCAUCGACGCCGACGGCAAAGUCCAAUCUGGCCCAAAGCAAGAUGUCUUCCCCUCCGCCUCCCACCCUUCGACCCAACCCGCUCCCACCUCCUCCCCCUCACGCCCGCUGCAGCGCACCCUUGGUGAGCCCCUCGUCGACAUCAAAGAUGUCUCCAUCGCCUACGGCCCCCGCCGCGUGCUCUCCUCCGUGCGCUGGACUGUCCACGCGAACUCGCGCUGGCACCUCGUCGGCGACAACGGCGCCGGCAAGACCACGCUCCUCGCCCUCCUCACCGGCGAGCACCCGCAGUCGUACGCGCUCUCGCCCGUGCUCGUCCUCCUCGGCCGCGAACGCGCCGCGUGGGCGACCCCGCACCUCCACCGCCGCAUAGGCCGCGUCUCCCCAGAGCUCGCCGCCGCGUUCCCGCGCGGCGCGGGCCUCACUGUCUGGGACGCCGUCGGGACGGGCUUCGGGGGCGGCUUCGUGCCGCAGGGACGGCGCCACGAGGAGCGGUGGCGGCUCGGGCGCAUGCGCGCGGCCAUGGACGCGCUCGGGCCUGCGCGGUGGCACCCGCGUGGAGCGAGCGGCGCGAUGGACGAGGCGUUCUGGCGGAGGCCGUUCGUCGAGCUCGCGCCGGGGGAGCAGGCGAUGGUGCUCCUGAUGCGCGCGCUGGUGUCUGCGCCGCCGAUCGUGCUCCUGGACGAGCCGUGGGCGGGCAUGGACCGUGCGAUGGUGGACGCCGCGCACGAGUACUUGCGCGACGGCGGGGGUGGGCUGUCGAAGCACCAAGCGUGCAUCGUCGUAAGCCACUGGGAUGAGGAGGUGCCGUGGGAUGCAGACCAGGGCGUGCAGCGGUACAAGUUGGAGAGUGGGUGGGGCAGGGAGUUGCUUUAG